CGCCAAGGCAACCGGCGCCAGCCAUGGCCUCUGGGGCGGGCGGAAGCUGGGGUCGCUCCCCACCGCAGAGCUCAGUCCCGACGCCCUGGGUCACCUUCCUGCAGCCCCUCUCGUGGGCCGUCCCACCUGCGCCCCCGCAGCCAGGCCGCGUGAAGGAAGACCUGCUGGAACUGAUGAUGCUGCAGAACGCGCAGAUGCACCAGCUGCUGCUGAGUCGCCUGGUGGCUGGAGCGCUGCAGCCCGGGCCUGCUUCGCCCUGCCCUCAGGUCUACCUGGAGGUUCCGCAGGAAGAGCCUGAGGAGGAGGAGGAGGAGGAGAUGGAUGUGCGGGAGAAAGGGCCUUUGGUGUUUCACCACCACUACUUGCCCUAUUUGAUGCCCUCCCCGGGUGCCCUGCUGCCCUGGCCAGCCCCCUUCUUCCCCACCCCCGCUUGUCAGCCCUACUUGCAGGACGUGCCCAGGAUUCAGCACUGUCCUGCCUCCAGGGAAAGGGAGGUGAGAGCUGUGCCCCCACCCCCACCCCCCAGUGCCACAGGGACUGUGGGUGCUGAUGUACCCCCGGCUUCAGACUACUAUGAUGCCGAGAGCCUCCUAUGAGGACAGACCCUGGCCCUGGGAACUGCACCAGCUUCCUGCUCUGGAUACAGCCCCGGAGCCGCCUCCUGCACCUCUCUUGUCGACUCCCCUGUGCCCAUGGCUGGCAGUCCUUCUCACUCUCUCAACCUCAGCCAGGCCCCCUUCUCCUGGGGAAAUCAGUCCCUGCCCCACGCCAAUGAGUUCCUGGAUGGGCUGGAUCUGUGCUGUUGUGUAAGAGCUCCUUGGAGCACCACCCAGGCCCUUGAAGCCACGUCAGCCCGCCUCUGCCCCACUGCUUCCUGCCUGGAGCAGGGGGAGGCCUGGGAACAGAGCCCCCACCCUCUCUCCCUCACCCCUCUCUCUGGGAUGAUGAGGUCUCCUUCCAGCCUGGUAAUGGAGCAAGAGGGGAGGGGGGGAUUCCUUCUGCUUUCCACAGCUUUGAAGGCCCCUUUGAGGUGGCUGGAGGGGCCCAGAGUGGUGGGGGAGAGACCUUGCUGGGCAGCGCCCCUGAGCAGAGUCAGUUCGCUGGGCCCCCCACCCCUCGUCCCAGGAAGCAGCUCUGUUGGCAGAAAGGAGAGGUCAGAGCUUUGUCCUGCUGUGGCCAGGAGUGGCCUGAGGUCUCCUGGGGCCAGGUGGGAACAGUGUGUCCUCUGCCCCCUGGGCCGGGGUGUGUUUCCCCCACCCUCCCUCAGUAGCAAUGAGCUACUCAGGCCAGAUGGGGGCCUGUUGCAUGGGCUGGGAGUCCCCUGUGAAGGAGAGGGUGGGGA